AUGACUGAUAUCAAAAAUUACUCUCUAGGAGACUUUCAUCUUCAGAACGGAAAAGUAUUGCCUAAAGCAUGGAUCUCUUACAAAACUUUUGGUGAUCCAUCUUCACCCGCAGUUCUCUACCCUUCAUGGUUCUCAGGAUCCAUCUCUGACAAUGAAUGGCUCAUCGGCAAAGACAAAACCCUUUCCCCAGAAAAAUACUUUAUCAUAAUAACAGCUCUAUUCGGAAAUGGACAAUCUACAAGUCCUUCCAACUCAGACAUCAAUCCUUUUCCUGAUGUAUCUUUCUACGACAAUGUCAAAGCUCAGCAUCAACUCAUGACCCAUUUGGGAAUAAACCAUCUCCGCGCUGUACUCGGUUGGUCAAUGGGCGCAGCUCAAACUUUCCAAUGGGCAACUCAAUAUCCUAAUUUCAUGGAUAUCUGCGUUCCUUUCUGCGGUUCCGCAAAAACAUCUCUUCACAACCAAGUUUUUCUCGAAGGUGUCAAAUCCGCACUUUUAGCAGCAAAAGGACAAAGCUCAGCAGGGAGUAUCCUAGGCCGUGUUAAAUCAGAAAACGACAGAAAAUGGACCGACAAGGAAAAAGAAGUCGGUUUGAAAGCCUUUGGUCGGGGAUACGCAGGAUGGGGUUUCUCCCAAGCAUUCUACCGACAAGAACUCUUCAAGACAUUCUACAACGCUCCUGAUCUUGAAACAUUCAUGCAGGAUUUCUGGGAGAAGUGGGCUCUUGGCAAAGACCCAGAGAAUUUACUCGUCAUGCUUCAAACAUGGCAGAGCGGGGAUGUAAGCAAGCAAGAGCCAUACAACGGAGAUUUUGAAAAGGCGAUGGCUUCUAUUCAAGCAAAGAUACUUGUUCUUCCUAGCAAGACUGAUCUCUAUUUUCCGCCUGAGGAUUCAGAGUAUGAAGUCAAGUGUAUGGGAAGUAAUGCGCAACUUGAUGUUUAUCCUUCGAUUUGGGGACAUUGGGCUGGAGGACCACCGGGGAAUAUGAAGGAUGUUGAGUGGUUGGAUGAAAGACUACGAAAGUUGUUUGACGAAGCUCCUCACAGGGAUUGA